GCGCCGCCUCCCCGCCGCUGGCCCGUGUCCCGCCGGCCGCCCCGCAGCCCCGGUGCAUGUGCGGCAACAACAUGUCGGCUCCUCUCCCUGCCAUCGUCCCGGCCGCCAGGAAGGCGACGGCCGCCGUCAUUUUUCUUCACGGAUUAGGAGAUACCGGGCACGGAUGGUCAGAAGCACUUGCUGGUAUCAAGAGCCCUCAUGUGAAAUACAUUUGCCCACAUGCGCCAGUUAUGCCUGUUUCUUUGAACAUGAACAUGUCUAUGCCAUCAUGGUUUGAUAUCAUUGGACUUUCUCCAGAUUCACAAGAAGAUGAAGCUGGGAUCAAGCAGGCGGCGGAGAAUGUUAAAGCACUGAUAGAUCAAGAAGUAAAAAACGGAAUUCCUUCUAAUAGAAUUAUUCUGGGAGGCUUUUCUCAGGGAGGUGCUUUAUCGUUGUAUACAGCUCUUACAACACAUCAAAAAUUAGCAGGUGUCAUAGCCCUCAGCUGUUGGCUUCCUCUACGGGCCUCUUUUCCUCAGGGCCCUAUCAGUGGUGUCAACAAGGAUAUUGCUGUUCUUCAGUGCCACGGGGACUGUGACCCCCUGGUUCCUGUAAUGUUCGGUUCCCUCACUGUCGAGAAGCUGAAGACUAUGAUAAAUCCAGCCAACGUAACUUUCAAGACUUACUCUGGCAUGAUGCACAGUUCAUCUCUUGAGGAAAUGAUGGAUGUAAAACAGUUCAUAGACAAACAUCUACCUCCCAUAGACUGAACUGAUCUGUGAGAAGCCUUCUAUAUAAAUACACCAGCAUCAACUGUGGUAGAGUGUUAAAUCUUUUCAUAUGCCUGAUAGGAAACAUUAUUUCUAUACCUGCAGUGUUACUACUGUGUUGCAAAUUUAUACUUAAAAUGAAGGUUAAAUAAUACACAUGUACAAGAAAUUAUAAUCUUUUUAGUAUUUAUCACCCAGUGGUGGGAAGGAUGUGAAUGAGGGAACUAGGUAACAAUGACAGAAUGUAACUGUUUUAAGAUGUCUGAUUAUUUUUUUCUUGAUUGCAGAAUUUCAAACUAUUUGUACAAGUAAUAAAAAACUAAAUUUAAGUGAGCAACAUAGAUGUGACCAGUUUAGUUUUACUUGACACAUGAUUUGUUCUUAAUACUCAUUGAAAACAUAUGACAUUUCUUUUAUGUAAUGAAUGCAUAAUGAACACAAUAUAAAACACAGUGGACAUAAAGUACAGAACAUGUAACAUAGUGAGCAUAUGAUGGUAGAAUAAAUGCUACCAAGGAUAAAGCUUUAAGGAUUAUAUGUUAAUUGUUUAACAGAUUAGGAGGGUUGUUCUAUAAUGGCUAGAAGUCAGCAAAAGUAUUUCUUAUAUUUAAACCACCUCCAUUUUAAAAUGUUCAUAUAGAUAAAUACUGUGGAAAUUCUAAAGGGAAUCAUUCCUUACUAGACCGUUGUUUGUUGCUUAUUGUCAUUUUUCUUUUAAACUUGUUGCAAAUGUUGACUUGGAACAGAAUU